CCCAAAUGCCCAUGAAGCCACUGAGGUCAUUUUCGUCUAUCUACCCGCACAUAAACCCCAAUUCCCAAACGGCCGCGGGUUUUGGGUACCGUCACUGGGAUUGUUGUCACCGAGCAAGACCUGGAGCUGGACCCACACCGUAAAAAUGCAAUCUUUAAGUGCGAGCAUCCGAUUGGUCCGAAGGCAAAGGGUCGACAGCUCAAAAAUUGCUCAUUUCAGAUCGAUUGGAGCUUACCAAUUGAGUGGAGGUUCUGGGUUUAGUUCGUUGGCGUCGGAUCGUUUGGCCUCUGCCAAGAAAUUGGGGGAUUUAUCGGGUUUUGGGUCUUCGAAGAGUUCCUUGUUUCAGUCAGUUUCCAAGUUUUCGUAUCGAUCUUCGGCCCCGUUCACAACAACGAGCUCUCAAAAUGCGGCCCCAGCUUCCUGUAAUUCCAGCUUAUUCAAGAGUGCUCGACUAAGCUCUUUUCGAUGUGCGGCAGUUUCACCUCCUUUCCCGAGCAGGUGCAUUGCAACAGGGGGAAAUUCUGUUCAGUCAGCCACUCAAGAUUCAGGAAUGUCUGUCUCUGAUGUAGCUCCUUGCAUCAAAUUCAAGAGGCUUGAUAAAACUGCCCACCACAUAAUGCAGAUUCUAGAUAAGGAAGCUUUAGAGGAAGUGAAGGCGCAGAGAGAAAUACCAGACGUUAGGCCUGGUUAUAUGGUGCAACUCAGAGUGGAAGUACCCGACAACAAGCGACGUGUUUCAGUCGUGAAAGGUGUUGUGAUUGCUAGACGUAAUGCUGGUCUAAACACUACAAUUAGAAUCAGGAGGCAAGUGGCUGGAGUCGGGGUUGAAUCUCUCUUCCCAUUGUAUUCGCCUAACAUAAAGGAAAUUAAGGUGCUGGACAAGAAGAAAGUGCGGAGGGCCAAGCUGUACUAUGUCAGGGACAAAAUCAAUGCAUUCAAGAAGCAAUCGUAGCUAGUGGGAUCAAAAGGAUGCUGCCUGACAAAGAUUGUGUCCCAUGUAUGACUUAGGUCAGAAAUCCAGCAAAAGUUUUGGUGAUUUCUUUUCCUCAUUCUUUUUCUCCUUUGAACGCAUGAGUAGUCUGUGAAUCUUCAUCAAGUCUUUGAGAAUCUGUGAUGCCUGGUAGAAAUGUGCGAGUUCAAUUGAAAGCCGGGGAAGUUACCAGAAUUGUUUACUUUCGAUGAUAGAACAGUGUGUACUCAGGUUGAUGAAUGUUAUGAAGUUGUUGGCAUAAAUGUGAUUGUUUGUUACACAAGUAGGACUAUUUUCUUCAGUAUAUUCCUUAUUUGGCUAAAAUUUGGGUUUGCAUGCCAGAAGUCUAGCCAAAGAAGAUAAAAGUGGGAGAAAUGUAGUAUUAUUUCACCUUGGUCAUCUUCAUCUGUAGUUUCUGAUCCAUUGGUCACCUCUUAUGUUACUACUGAGAACUUUUUAAGUGUGAUUGUUGUCACACUGCCUCGUAAUGUUACCAAUUCACGUGCUGUAAUAUUGUACCAUUGAAUUUGUAACACAACGUGCUGGUGUAACGAUCAUAUUGAGAAUAUCUCAUUGCUGGCAUCGAUAUUUUGAUCAUCAA